AGUAUAAAGGCCUUCAGAAAAACACGACCGUGAAACACACUCAGAGUCUGUUCGUUAGGAGCCGUGUCAUCAGGAGUCACAAUGUUCAAGACUGUGUUUGUGUGCUUCAUUGCCUUGGCGACAGCAAAGAAAUACACCGUGCAGCCGAUCGAGAAGGGCGUGGUCUUCAGCCAGGAGAUCGACAUAGACCAGGCGAGCGGUGUGCGCACGGUCAGCGUGCCGCAGCACAACAGCGUGGCCGCCGCAGAGAUCAUACACUCCUACCAUGACGGCCUGACCCUGUACUGUCAGACGGAGGAGGGCACGUGUUUCCUCAUGCCGCUGGCUGACCGGAAUGAGCCGGGACAGGCCGAGCUGCAGGCCGGGCUGGACAUGCUACAGAGGGAGAGGUCCGGGUUCCUGCCCGACUGGGAGACCGAGGUUGUUGUGAACCAGUGGGCGGUGGUGGGUCGGGCGGAGCGCGGCAGCCUCAGCGCCGUCCUGGCCGCCUUCCACGCCGACCUGCCCGUCUACAUGGUGGAGAAGAUCGACGACUCAGCACUCCUGCUGGGCAACUCCCCAGCCGUCCACCCGGCCAGCCCGCUGACCCGGCGCCAGACCUGCGGUAACGGCGCGGACCCUGUCCGGCAGUACGCCGUCAGCAACCCCGCCGGCUGCGAGUACCUGGUCUUCUGCGACGUCGACCACACAAAUGGAAACUACAACGACUGCCCCCGUCGUCACGUGCUGGACCAGUUCUUCAUGGCGUGUCUGUGCUGCCCUGAACACACCACCCGGGAACAGUGCAUCUACUGCGUCAAUCUGGAGUAGUAACCCCCCCCCCACUAGUACAGGGACAUCAAGUAGCCUCCGUAGCAGGCUUAUAGAACUGGGGGUUUGGUGGUCUUCGCCUGUUUUCUUAUUAGCCCAGUUCUAAAAACGGGGGUAAUUCCACCAGGACGGCUAUGUUGUCUAUAUGCAAUCAGAAAAUAGCGCAUAAAACACCCAAAGACCCCGAAGACCCCCAGUUUUUGGCAUGCUAUGGAGGCUAGACGUCAAGUACCCCAGUGUCCAACAGUCUUUUCUCUCUAUGUACUCUCCAAGCAGAAGUUUGGGCUUAUUCUUGGUGUGUUUCUAGGAUUUUUAUCAGGGUUUCUUUUUUGCGGUGGAAAAAAAUCCACUGGAACAAAGAAACCCCUGAUAAAAAGCCUAAAAACACACCAAGAAUAAGCCCAACACAAACCUCUGCUUGGAGAGUACUGUACUCUAUAUACAUUAACAUAAAGACAAUAAACAUGUCUGAAAUUAUUCAA